GAGGUAGAAGCAGAGGAGUCUGUUCUUGUGAGGAUGAGGAGAAUUCAUAGAAGAAACAGGUUGGAGAAGGCAUGGGAAGAACGGUAGACACACUAACAUGCAUUGGAUGAUGCACGAAGAACAGAAUCAUGUUGAUAGUUAAUCCUUGUUUGCCACCAAAACACUGCUACUUUACUUCAGAUUUGUUUUAAUGGGUGGAUUUGGAAUUGUCCUCUUGCGACAUGUGCUUUCCAGAGCAAGAUUAACGACCACGUGGCUCUGGAAAUGCCUCGUAAUUAUCUCUACAGAGAGGUCAACGAAAAACUAAUUAUCAUUAUGUUCAAAGUAAGACAUGAUUAGGACGGUGUCAUUAUAAACACGUUACGAGAUUGUUCUACCUAGAAGCUUCCAUGCGUCCCCUGGAACUCCACACGUGGCGAAGAUGCAUUUGCCGAGUCAAGCGUCAGUGAGCUUCUCUGCCGCGGAGCCACAACGUGUCCAUCUCCUGCCACACAAUCGCCACACGUGUCUCCUGUCAGCAGGUAUGUAAAUAUCGUGGUCGCGCGUGCUGAGAGCCGCGAGCAUCACGGAAGUGUGGUAUUGACUCAACCAGCGACAGGGGAGCGAGAGGAGGAAGAGGAUACGUGGGGGAAGAUGGUUCCGGUGUGCGUGCAGUGCGGGACGAGGACCAACCCGUGCCGGUGCAAGGUGGUGGGGCCGACACUGGGGUUCCUGGCGUUCGCGGCGGCGGCCGCGGUGGAGUGGCCGGUGGGGGCGGUGGUCUACCUCUUCCGCCACAUGAAGGGCCGGCGGAUCAUGGCCCACCCUGCCGCCGUCGUCUACCCCUCCGUCGCCAACGCCAUCCCCAUUUGAUCCGGCGCUACCCUCCCCCGGUUAAGUCGAUCUCGAAGUGUGUAUGAGUGUCUAAUGUCUCGGAUAGCUAAGUAUUGCUUCAUGUUGUACUGCUGUUGACAGCAAGAAUAAAUUGGAGGAAGCUUUCCUGUUGAA